CUUAGCAGAAAUAUACAAAAUUUAAGUGUAACUUUUUGUUAACCAAAUUUGUUAGUAAUUAACUUUAAAAAAAUCCGUAAAACAAUCAAAAUUGUUGUAGUGUUAUGCAGAGUGAUUAAAUUUUGCAGUCAAGUUGUUUCAAAUAUUGUUGUUGUUCAUGGUGUGUGUGCGUUUUAGUCUUAACACUCUACUACAACAACACAAAUAAAGACGCCGUACCUGCUCUUUUCAUAUUUGUUUAUGCGCUGACUCACAGAGCCAGUGAAAAUAAAAAGGAAAUACAGUAGCAAACAUGAUGCUGGACGAUGAUAAUUCAGAUCUGCUGGUGUGCGCCUCAGAAAUGCAACAAGACCGCCUCUAUUUUGUGGUAUUCAAGAAGAACAUCAAGCCCAAGAAUACGCCCAACACCCACUAUUUCAGUAUAGACGAUGAGUACGUCUAUGAGAACUUUUACAAUGACUUUGGGCCGUUGAACAUCUGCAUGCUUUAUCGCUACUGCACCAGACUCAACACAAAGCUAAGUGCCAAGUGUCACGCGAACAAGAAAAUCGUGCACUACACCUCAAUGAAUCCGGCCAAAAGGCUGAAUGCGGCUUACCUGAUUGGUUCGUAUGCAAUAAUCUUCUUGAAUAAGUCCCCCGAAGAGGCCUACCGCACUCUCGUCUCUGGUGAUAUACCCCCCUAUACGCGUUUCUGUGACGCCUCUUAUGGUCCUAGUAGCUUCAAAAUCUCCCUGUUGGAUUGUCUUAAUGCUGUGCACAAGGGAUUGCUGGCGGGCUUCUACAAUUUCGAUGAUUUCGACGCCGACGAGUACGAAUACUUUGAGCGCGUGGAGAAUGGCGAUUUUAAUUGGAUAGUGCCACAAAAGUUUAUUGCCUUUUGCGGGCCGCAUCAGAAGUCUAAGACGUUGCCCAAUGGCUACCCCUGUCAUGCGCCCGAACGCUACUUCACUUACUUUCGGGAUAAUAAUGUGACCACAGUAAUACGUUUGAACGCCAAGGUCUAUCAUGCAUCGUCAUUUGAGAAUGCUGGGUUUGACCACAAGGACCUGUUCUUCAUCGAUGGCAGCACGCCUAGCGAUGCCAUACUAAAGAAGUUUCUAUCUAUUUGUGAGACAACGAAGGGCGCCAUUGCCGUGCAUUGUAAAGCAGGACUGGGGCGCACGGGUAGUCUGAUUGGUGCCUAUAUCAUGAAGCACUAUAACUUUAGUGCAUUAGAGGCCAUUGCCUGGUUGCGUCUAUGUCGACCUGGUUCGGUUAUUGGACACCAGCAACAGUGGAUGGAGGACAAGCAAAGCUGGCUCUGGGCAGAGGGUGAACGCAUGAGACGUCGCAGCUCGCAUUCUGUACUGCAGCAUAAGUACGGCAUCUACAGCAUGGAGCUAAAGGGGAAACUAAGCGAGGAUUUGCUAGCGCAGGCGCAAGCUGAAUCCGAUCUGAAGGCCAAUGAUCACAUGGAUUUGCUGUUGACGCGAGUCAAGGGAAUCUCACAGCGUGUGGACACAAUGCAUUUGCAUGACACACUUGAUGGGGCUGCAGAGCAGUAUGUGAACUCCUCUGCCGGUUGUCGUCUGGCCGAUGGUGAAGACGAUGAGGGCCAAACGGAGGAGGAUGAGACGCAGUAUCAGUCAACUGUGGACGCCAAUUGCAACGCCAACAGCGACAAUGACACCGAUCCACUGAGUAGCACAGCGGCUCCCUCCAGCUACACGAUUUCCACACGUCGUCGCAAAUCGCCAUCAGGUGCCAAUAAGCAGACAGUGAUAGCCACUUCACUGCGACGUCUGGUGAAUCCAGGGAGUCGCAGCAGUAGUAACAGCGUGCCGAACAGCCUCUAUUCUACACCUAUACCCACGGAAAACGCAAGCUGCACCGAGAAAAAGCUUCGUAGACCGAGCAAUAGUGUUUUUGAGGCGGCACGCCACACUAUUGCAUCGACGGUCCGUAUGACGCAGACGGCGCUGGAGAAGAAGCACGCAGCGCAGACCCAGGGCGACAAAUUGAAUCAGAUCAAGGCUUUGAGACGCCAACAUUCACGCUCCGUCAAUAUCAAUAGCACAAAUGAACAGGAGACCAAUUUGCGGCACACCCGCGCUCGUUCCCAGUCUCAGCCUUUUCGCAACAAUAACAACAACAACAAUGUGGCGCAUGUGGUUGCCAAUUGCAUAUCCGGCACACCAACAACAACAUCGGUAGCAGCAGCAGCAACUCUUAAUUUAAACAAUAAUAACAACAGCAACAACAGUAAUCUAAGCAAUGCAUUGCAUAACUUUAACAACAACAACAAUAGCACUAACAUCCUAGCCGGAUCGGGCUCAGGUGGUCGAGCUUCGACCGCUGUUGACUCGACCAGUACCGUGCUGAGCACUCGCACCCGCAGUCUUGCCAUCUACAGCAAAAGAAUGGAGUUGAAGCAUCUACGCAAGGCAGAGGUCCACAAUCUACAACAACAGCAGCAACAGCAACAACAGCAAACGCCGCAGGCGGACAACAAACAACUGAAGCCGUACGGUGGUGGGGGUAGCACGUUGUUAAGUGCCACCAUUAGCGAGAGCAAAAUUCCGGUGGUUAGCGGUGGAGCUGGGUCCUCAGCCACCAUACCACCGAGUCGUGGUGUGGCGGCACGCACUUCGCAUCAUCAUAUGACGCUGCGUGGACGAUCGCGCAUACGCUACCAACGCCCUGGAGUUGGGGCCGAGCCACUGCAGCAGGCGCCACCCUGUACGGUGGCAACGGCUCGUUAUUAUCGGGAUGUGUCGGCCAUACCCACCGUAGCUUGUAGCAGCAGCAGCAGCAGCAAUCUGGGGUCUCUGGGUGGUGCUGGUGGUGCCGGUUCUGGUGCAGGUGUUUCAGGUGGUGGUAGUGGUUCCGUUUGCUACAACAUUGCUACGCGUUCGUCGUCUGCCACACUCGAUCACAACUCCAAUCCGUUGCCAACUACCUCCAACAACAGUACAACAAUGGCUUCCAACAACCACUCCAAUAACAAUCUAAAUAAUCAAUCUUCCUCCUCUACACCUCCCAUAGACUCAAGCCGUCUUAGUGGGCGUGCCAGCGCCGAUCUUCAGGCCAUCAUUGAGCAUAACUUUGGCUUGGGCGCGAAACGCAACAAACGCUCCCUCAGCUCCACACGCAUCGAGAAGGACAAGUGCGAUGAGUACAAUACAAAGCUGCUGCGCAAGACAAGCGCCAUGAACAACAACAACAACAACACCAACAACGCUGCUGGCAAAUACACGACGACACCGGCGAUGACAUCCUCAGUUUCAGGUGGUAUCGGAGGAGGCGGCAGCUUUAAGCUAACACGCCGCAUUAUGAGCGAAUCCGGCUCCUCCGCCUCUGCCUCGACAUCAGCAUCGACUUCGGGCAUACCGACGCCCACAGCGACGCAUCCACAAUGCUACCAUACGCAGCCGCAUACGCAUCACCAACAGCACUCACAGCUUUAUCAACUGCCCCGAGCUGCAGGCGGCGGCACCGUCAAGCUCAGUCCGGCCGAGCGCGCGGAGCAACAACAACAGACGACGCUGAAGCUGCGCAAGAAAAUUAGCUAUUGAUGGAAAGAGCUGUCCUGUCGCUGGAAAAUUCCUGUUUGCCGGUGUCUCUUUUGUAAAAAAUAAAAUUAUACUCCGAUUCUGGCCUGCAGUAAAAUUUAAUGCUAACCCAUAUACAUAACUGUAUUUGUGACCUAAGUAGGAUUGUGUUAAUCGUUCGAGGCAAUGCCUUAGCAAAAGAACCAAAACUGUUUGCAAUAUUUUUUAGGAUUGUUCACCAUACACUUUUGUUAUCAUGAACAUUUUUUUUACAUGACUGAAUAUAUAAUCUCACUUUUGAUAUUUAGAAUAA